AUCCAGAUGAUUCAUUGCAUCAUAGCCGAGCUCCUCACUACGAAGGGCUUUCCCCGCCUCUGUUCCCCCCUCCUUCUCUUCCUCCGUCUUCAAACAGCCAAUCAAAGCGAACCCUCUGCUGCAGCACAGAGCUAUAAAAACCUCACAAUGCCGUUCAGCAGCACGUAGCUGAAGAGACUCGAGACGAAGCGCUGGUUUUAAAAACCACCCAAAGACAAACAAAGAUGAAGAUGCCACAAGCCAUCCUCCUCCUCCUGACCAUCCUGGUCCACGCCGGGGCCGGGUUCCCCACGGACGGGGCCCGCCGGGAGAAGCACGCCUCCUGGGACGACGUGAACGUGGUGGCCCACGGCCUCCUGCAGCUCGGCCAGGGACUGAAGGAGCACGUGGACAAGACCAAGGUUCAGAUGAGAGACAUCAGCAGCAAGCUGAAGGCCUUCAACGGCACGGUGGCCGAGCUGGAGCGCAGGCAGGAGGAGCAGGGGGAGGCUUUGAUUACCCAGAGCAAGGAGGCGCACGGGAGGUACAGGCUGCUCGCCGAACUGGGAGAGGAGGUGAAGGUGGAGGUGGGGGAGGUGAGGAGACGGACGGAGGAUAUAACAUCCAGGAUGGACAGGCUGGAGGAGGUGCUGUCGGAGCCGGACAGCAACGACAGCGAUCACGAGAGAGUCUCGUUCAUCCAGAGACUGAUGGUCGCUCAGAACCGACGCAUCGAUCAGCUGGUGGAGAAAAUCGGACAGCAGCAGGACAAGCUGGAGAAACAGAGUCUCCACCUGCAAGCCCUGCAGAACAAGGUUGCUCAUAAGAGAGUGAAAUCGCACAGACGAAGAGACGAAGAGAUGGCACUGAAAGGCGAGGCCGAGCACAACCGAGCUGAAGCAGGGUUGACUAGAGACCUCGAUGACAAGUAUCCUCGAAGCCACCGGAGACAACCGCCCAGAAGAGAGAGCACGUUUGGGACGAUCAAACAGGGACACGGCGGCCCUCUCAGCACCACUCUGCUAAAAAACGCUCCAGUUUCGACGACUCAAUAAGAAACUGUGCAGCACCGACACUAAAGCCACUUCAACCCAGAGAACUGGGUCUUUAACUACUGAUAGACUGCAAAA